CGAACACAUUUCCAAGAAUCAUAAUGAUAAACGUAGGGGGGGGAAUACUCCCCCCUUCGUAUCCUUAUUUUUCUUCUAGUAAUAAUCCCAAAUCCGACACCUUCUUCACACGUUUAUAUUACUUAGUAGUAAUUCAGAAAAGCUUCAUCAAAACUAAGCAAAGGAAAACGAGUAACCCCACGACGAUGACAUUAAAACGCGAUCCUGAAUUUCAUAAAUAAAUAAAUAGUCCCUUCUCUAAUGACGGUUUUGUGCUAGGCACGCGUCAAUAAAACGCGUAGGGCGUCGCGCGUGCUUAUUUCUGUUCUCCCUACCCCUCUUCUCCACUCAGAAGAACGGGUGGUUCUGACAGAUAAGGGCGACCCCGCUUUUAAAAGAGCACACUGCUAAAAGAGCGAGAGAGAAAACUUGCCGGAGUAAUCAUAUUCAUUGGGAAAAGCACUCGCGCGCCAUUCUCUGCGGCCUGGGUUGCUGGAUGGUGAGAUUUAUCCUUCUUUGGCGAUGACAAAAACUUCUGAAAUAUAACGGAAAGUGAAAUUUUCGAUUUCAAUAAAAGGUUCGAGAUGUAUCUCGUAUGAGUUUCCAAUCUCCCAUUGUUAAAGAGAUGUCUACUGUGUCGCAUAUCCCGACCUUAGACAUGAUGGACAUAAAAAGUGAAGUGUCCCAGAGGAAACGAGCUUUGCCCGGAGUGGUUGGCACGAGUGUUGCGCCGAGGGAAAAUCUGGUGGACUGUGCAGCAUGCCAGAAACCUAUUCGAGAGAGGUAUCUUCUGAAGGCCCUCGACCAAUUUUGGCACGAGGACUGUCUUAAGUGUGCCUGCUGCGACUGCAGACUGGGUGAAGUGGGAUCCACUCUUUUCACUAAAGCCAAUCUCAUACUCUGCAAAAGAGAUUAUCUCAGAUUGUUUGGUACGACGGGACUGUGUUCAGCUUGCAACAAAACCAUUCCUGCUUUUGAAAUGGUGAUGAGAGCAAAAGGGAAUGUUUAUCACCUGGAGUGCUUUGCCUGCCAACAAUGCAACCACAGGUUCUGCGUUGGAGAUCGUUUUUACCUGUUUGACAAUAAGGUGCUUUGUGAAUACGAUUACGAAGAGCGUGUCCUCUUCGCUUCACUGCCCUACUCUUCCUAUAACAGUCUUGACCAGAUACAGAGGCAGACGGACAGUUUGACACCUUUAUCACCCCCUGUGGAUGAUGCUUCCAGUGGAUAUGGCAGCCCUAGUUCCCUAAUAAGUGACGGACACUAGUGUGGCGCCCUCUGCUGGCGAAGACUUUUAGGUGUACCUGAAAGACAUUGGCGAAUGUGUCGCCGAUAAGUUGGCGAGUACAAGCCAAACUUUGAGAAUAAAUUGAAAAACGUGCUUUUAUGGUACUCAGAAAAUAAUGGAUGAAAAUAUUGAAGUACAUUCUAUGCUUCUCAGAGAAAUUUCGAGAAAAGGAAUAUAUUUGUCAGAGAUAAGUUUAUAGAUAGAAUCUAUGCUGCAUUGAGAAUAUAAUUUUAUAUUCAGUAUUGUAUACAAAUUUUAUUUUAUAUAUAUAUUGUUUUUCUUUUGAUCGUAUAAUUCUCAAACGCUUUCGCAAUAAUCAAAAUGAAUUUGCAAAAAAAUCAAAAAUUUCAUAGAUUACAUUAUUAGUAUAUGUAUCAUUUAACACAUUGUUAGCCAUAGUUAUGAAUACAUAACAACCGAACAUUAAACGAAUAUAAAAUAAAUAAAUUACUCUGAUUAUAAUUUAAUGUUAGGUCCAUAAAGAUAUUUUUUGUUAGCAUGAAAUUUGGAAAAAAAAUCUAUGACAAGUGUUCAUUUAGUAGAUCAGAUUUUGUUUUUAUUAAUUUUACAGUCUAACUAUUUAAUGAGUUACCGUCUUUUCAUUUUAUUGACUGACAAUGUGUUACUUGCAUAUGCUUUUCUUUUCCAGAAUAUGUAAUCUUCCAUUUCCUUGAAUUUUAAUUUUUUCUAUUAUUCAUAUCUUUUUCUUUAUUAUUCUUUCAAGCUCGGGUAAAUAAAUAAAAAAAAAAUUUCUUUUUCGUUAAACAUUUUUGAGACGGAUCUUAUUGUCCCAAAAUCUCAUCCUAAACUUAAUAAUGCUGUUCACUUGUAAUCGACUUGUCGAAAAAAUAGAAGAAAAAAUAGAAAAUUAAAGGAAAACAUGUCUGGAUUCACUUCAUUUUUAUUUUUUCUUUAAAUUAAAUUCUUGAAAUAUUAGCUCAAAUUUGUCAGAAAAACUAUAAAAAUAUAUGAAGUAAUAUUAACACUUUAUCAGCAGGCAAUAUUUUUGACGAAAAAUUCUUAAAUAAUAACGUAAUUAGUUUUAAGGACUUAAAAAAGUGUAUAAUAAUGACAUAAAAAUAGUUCAAGUAUAAGCUAAAGUUAUACAAUAUUUAAAAAAAUAUAUACACUAAAUUAUAGCUGUCUAAAAAGAGCAGUAGACAUGUUUUGAUGCUUCUGAUAUAUUUUUUUAAUAUACAGGAUAAAAUCGUCUCAAUUUUGUUAAUAAAGUACUUGAGAUUUUUUUUCUUCUUUUUUUUUAGUUUCGAAUAUUAGUGCUGAAACAAAUCUAGUCAUAAACUAUUGUUUAUGAAUUGUUCAUUAAGUUCAUUAAGUAAUGUUCAUUUGAGUUAAUAAAAUCGAACGUUAAAAAAAAAACAUUUAAAAUAAACAGAUUACUUCCUUAUGAUUCAUAUAUGGUUACGUCAGUUUUACUUUCAUUUAACUAUUAUAUUGUCAGUUUUACUUACUUUUAUUUUUGAAAAUGAUGGUUUAAAAAACUUUUAGACAAAGAAAUGUUAAAUCCAGAAGUACUAAGUAAAAAUACAUUCCCUAUUUCCCUUCGUGAAAUAAAUAUAAAACACUAAACUUCUACUAUACUUAAUUUCGGAAAAUAUCUUCUAUCGAACUUAUUAUUUUCCUGAAAAAUCAGGAUCAUUUAUUUUUCUCACAAAAAUUGGAUUUUAUUGCUGCAAUUUAAUCUAUUUAUUAGAAUCUCUUUUUAAUUUAAAAUGGCUGCAAAAAGUUUUGGCCUUUUAAACUUAAUUUGAUUACUUAAGAAAUUUGUUGAUUAAUUAGUUUCAGAGAAUGAAUAUUUUAAUUUAAAUUUAUGAGCCAGUAUAAUGUGUUGCGCAUCAAGGAAAUAAAUAAAAUAAAUCACAUUACUUACUCAUGUCUGCGUUGGUUGCAAUUAUAAAAACUAUGUGUGCAAUAUUUUUGGAAAAUACAAUGAAUACAAAUCAUAAUUUCGAUUUUCAUAUUUUGUUUUAUUGGUUAGAAUUAUUUAUUUAUGAAUAAAGAUUGUUUACAAAAUGCUUGUAUUCUAUGGAUUAUUGGUAACUGGUAAAUUAGUCAUUAUCAGUGUGAAAAGUAAUUGUAAAUGAAAGAUGGAUUCGCUGUAUAAUAGUCGAAGACUCUUUGUACAAAAGAAAAUGGAGAACUACGGUAUUGUAAAGUUAGAAAUGCUUCCUAAAAACUGUAUUGUACAUAUUAUAUUUGUUGUUUCAAGUGUAUUAAAAUUUGAUUGAAUCUGUAAAA